GCAGUCGAGUCCCUCCCCAAGAGAGUAUCACGCAUAGAUUUUCCGACAUCUACACCGUCGUGUUUCGCAGGGUGUAACAAUGUACUUAUAAAACGGAUUAUUUUCGGUGAAAAGUCAACCGCAACUGUGAUCGGACACGUCGCCAAGAGGUAGCUAACGCACCACCGAGACACCGAAGAUGCCGGCGAUAAAGAGGGACGUUGAUGUUAUGGAGAACGUCGAGACGAAGGUCGAAUCGAUUACGCCAACGCUUUCCUCCUUCGUUAGCUCGACGAGCUCGACGGUCAGAACGUUAUCGAUUGCUACGGAAGAGGUUAAAGUCGAAACAAAAAAUGACGCCACCACGCAGGCAUCCAAGGGCAUCCUGGACCUCAAGGAGCUGGGCAAGGAAAUGUCGAAUGAAACCGGCGUGCCUGAAUGGGGAUUGGCUGCCAUUUUCAUAGCCAUCGGGGUCGUGAUCUUAGGAAUUUGCUUCUGCUGCAUAAGAAGAUGCUGUCGCAAACGGCGUUCAAAGGACGGGAAGAAGGGCUUGAAGGGGGCGGUGGACCUCAAGUCUGUUCAGCUUCUCGGCAGCACGUAUAAAGACAAGGUCCAGCCCGACAUGGAAGAGCUCACGGAUAAUGCCGAGGAACCUGAUGAAGCCGAGAGUAAACAUAGCGAGGUCAAGCUUGGAAAGCUCCAGUACAAGCUGGAGUACGACUUUAACUCGAACAGCUUGGCAGUGACGGUUAUCCAAGCCGAGGAGUUGCCAGCGUUAGACAUGGGCGGGACGUCGGAUCCUUACGUGAAAGUUUACCUUUUACCGGAUAAGAAGAAGAAAUUCGAGACUAAAGUGCACAGAAAAACGCUCAACCCCGUCUUCAACGAAACCUUCACGUUUAAGAGUGUUCCAUACGCCGACGCGAUGAACAAGACCCUCGUGUUCGCGAUCUUCGAUUUCGACAGGUUUUCGAAACACGAUCAGAUCGGCGAAGUCAAAGUUCCACUGUGCCAGGUCGACUUGGCUCAGACUAUCGAAGAAUGGCGCGAACUUCAGAGCGUCGAGGGUGAAGGUGGCCAGGACAACAAGCUGGGUGACAUCUGCUUCUCUCUCCGAUACGUCCCGACGGCCGGUAAAUUGACUGUUGUUAUACUCGAGGCGAAGAAUCUGAAGAAGAUGGACGUCGGCGGGCUUUCCGAUCCGUACGUGAAAAUCGCUCUGAUGCAAAACGGCAAGAGGUUGAAGAAGAAGAAGACGUCGAUCAAGAAGUGCACUCUGAAUCCUUACUACAACGAGUCCUUCACGUUUGAGGUGCCCUUCGAGCAGAUUCAGAAAGUACAACUGGUAGUGACGGUAGUGGACUACGAUCGCAUCGGCACUUCGGAACCAAUUGGCAAAGUUGUUCUUGGAUAUAACGCGAGCGGAACCGAAUUGAGACAUUGGUCAGACAUGUUGGCAUCUCCCAGGCGUCCGAUAGCGCAGUGGCACACAUUGAAAGACCCGGAAGAUGGAGAUAAGAAGGACUAAAACUUUGACGAAUCCUGAACAAGCGAGAAUUGAAGUUGAAAAUUCGUCGGAUGAAAUUCGGCAUCAUUCCUCACCUCAUAAUGAUUUUGCCAACUUUUACUUCGUCUGGAAUGCUGCAGUAUGAGACAAACGACUCAUUAAUCACCAUUUCCCCAGUUUAUAGUUAGUUGUUAUAUUAAUGUUACUAUAUCUAUAUCUAGAUAUCGAUUCGUUGAUCAGUCAAAAAUGAAAAAGAGGCACACAUAGCACACCAAGAAUCAUGUAAAUAAAAGUGUUUAUAAGGCUAAUUAUAUUGAGUUGAUCGGAAAUUGUCUUUAUCAUUAUACUAUAUUAUAUAUCAUUAGUGCAGCUUGCAAGAAAAAUGUCCCAUGUGUCACGUGCAAAAACAGUCCUUACAACACAGAACUUGUAGAGUGAAAUUUUAACUGAUUUAUGACUCGCAUGAAUGAUCGCGAGCAUGAGAAAAGAGAAAAGUUGAUCGGCUCAAAGGCAAAUGUAACGCGCAAUGUGUUCAGCAUGUGUAAAAUUUGAACGUGAGAUUUCAAGUUUGAACGAUAAAAUAAUAGAAAUGCUUUCGCGCGCGUUCCGACGUUCUUCGUCAUUCAUUCAGUCUCGGAUUACGCGACUUGAAUAUCCGCUCCGCAGCGAUUGUGAUUAAAAAUAUAAUCAUCACCCAUUUAUUGUGACUUUAUAAAUCAGUAUCAGAGUAUAAAUAGCGUUGAAUAUCCAGUAGUAGGUACCUAUUAUAUACCAAACUUUGUCUUUUAUUGUAAAAUAUAAAAAUUGCUCGUUCCUAGCUAUGCAUAAAUUUCGAAAUGAAGAUCCGAAAAAAGACAAAAAUUAUUUAUGGUUAAAUAAGAAAAAAUAUAAAUAAAAACAAUUCCCCACUGCGACGAUAUUUUCGAAUGCCUGGAUCAAUGCUUGGAACGUAGUUUCAUCGCGGAGUACCUAUAUGUAUAUGUAUAGUGGGCACUAAUUGUGGACUCUGGGCACUAUGUGAGUUAAACAGACUUGCAACAAGAAAAACUAAAACAAGAACAAGAAGAAAAAAAACAAAGAAACAAGCUAAACUUAAAUCGUGUAAUUUAUCUUAAAUCAUACACUGAAAUUUUCCAGCUUGCGAAAA